AUGGAGCCAGAGAACGAGCUCGAUCAGUAUAAUCGGGAACAAGCGCAACUACGAGAUCAAGAUGAAGACGAGGAAGAACUAUCUCCUGAGGAGUUGGAGUUUCUACAACAACAGCGCAAAAAGGAAUUAAAUCACUUGUUGAAUAUAUGCGCAGCCCUCGGUGGUUAUGAAGAAGUCCCCAUCGACACUCACGAUGGAAACCAGGUAUUCGUCAGGAAAUACAUGCCCGGUGCUGAGGCCAUAGAUUGUCUUAGAGAUAUCAGACGAUUCUUGAAACACGAUGUCAUGGGAAAGGAAAUGUACAUUUCAAUCCAGCUUGGACGAUGGCAAAUACUACAAAAGGACUUGCUUCCAAUGUUCAUGUCCGAUGAAACUGAUGAAAAGCUUCGUCGUGCUAUCUUGGACUUGUUUGCUCCGAUGACCUGGGAGAUCAAUCCAAAGACCAAAAAUAUUGCAUCACAGAAGGCAGUGCUACGAGAAUACAAGAUCGCAUUCCUUGGUGAUGGUGUCUUGCGAACAUUCAGGAACGAACUCCUGGUUAUCCUUGGUACAGAGGACUGGAGCAAGCACGAGAAGAAUAUUCCCAAAUUACGAUUGCUAUUGAAUGUCAUUCGAAACGUUCUUAGUAUCAAGGAUGAUCGAGUUUCAGUGUUCUCAUCAACAGAAGCCUACAUGAAGGCACAUUUACAGGAACAACUCGUCUUGCAAAUGAAGGAUGAAUCCAUCCUAGAAUUCAUUAUCACUUUUGCUGCCAGCAUGGGAGAUCCUCAAUUCGCUCAAUGGAAUAUGUUGAUUAUGGAAAUCGUCUACUUUCUAUUCAGAGAUCGUGAUCCUGAAGAGCUGGUGACUCGGAAGGAAAAGAUUGUUAAUACUAUAUUGGAAGACUCUUUGAAAGAGGAUGAUGAACGAAAGAGACGUGUCGCUGGUAUAUCGUCAAGACAUUCGCGCUUUGGAGGAACCUUGUCCUUGCAACUUGGAAACGGUCGUACACAUAACGUACAUUCCACUACAGUCGGUCUCAAGGACGUUGACAAGGCACUCAACCUUGGGAAAGCAGCACAGAAAGGCCCUACAGGGAAAAAGCCAACGAUUGAGAAAGACUAUGAUGCAAAAAUCCGUGUUCUCAACCAGAGAGCUCGUGAUGCACUCGCUGACUCUGCUGAACUAUUUCUUGAUCAGGCUUUCAACGCUUUGAUGAUGAGUGUCAAGAAGGAUUUUGACCGAGAGGCUAGCAAAGUCAGAGAAGAAGAUCACACUCGAUUUUUGAGAUUGGUUACUUUCUAUCUCAAGUAUAUCAUACUGUAUCGAGAGAAAAAGGGAAACAAGUACGAUUUCGAUUGCGUCGCUGGUCUUGUCGAUGACAAGGGGAUGCAAUAUGUUUGCAAGAGGAUGCACAUGUACUUGGACGAAAAGAAUUAUACAGGACUGCAAAGUGCUCUAGAUUGCUUAAAACAAAUGCUCGUUGUAUUAGAUGCUAUGGCAGUCUCACCAAACGAGGUUUAUCGAGAAGCUUCAGUCCAUACACAAGAUGUUUUGUUUUAUGAAGGAAUGCAUGUACAGGCUCUCGCAGCCCUGUGCAAAGUUACCAGAGUUCAGAGUCAAAGUUAUCUGGAAACACUCAUUGAAUCAGUGCAUGUCUUCCUCACGAUGAUGGAAAACUAUUCAAAAAACAAGGACUUUCUGGUCAUGAAGAAAAAGACCCAUGGUGGUGGAAAACGGAAAGCCGAUCCUGAAAACAUGAACUAUGAGGAAGAUGAUGCUGAGAUCAGGAAGGCGAGGUUUGCUGAACGAGAGAUGAAGUUUCUGGAUAUUGAAAGGGACUUUACCUCUGACAACGUCGUAUUGAAUUAUUGUGCUCUGCUCUCCCAUUACCAGACAUGUGAUGACCGAUUCUUGUUAUUCAUUGCUACCAUGUUUCAUCGUAUCUUUGUCAAAUGUAAAAUGGAGGCAUACUUUUACAGGCUAUCCGUGAUUGAACUAUUUCAUCGCAUCUUGAAUGACCGUGGUCGUAUAAGAAUAACUAAAGGGUUCAAGGAGGUUCAUACAUUUGCCAAGUAUGUUAGCGGCAAACUGAUCAAGAGGUUGCAAGAGAAUCCAAUCUUGUUCAUUCAUAUGUUUUAUCCUAAACGUGGUGGUGAUUCUUCUCGGUUUCUCACUGGCGUUGGACCAUCGUAUACUGUCACUAAGAAGACCUAUGAGGGACCAUAUAAGUUUGGUGUGCCAUUCGAUCAAAAGCUCAAAGUUGCAGUUCUUGCAGUUGCUGAUGCUGGACACAAGGAGUUCUUGGAAUGGAUUGUUCAGGUAUAUGCCUCUGCCUGUACGAAUCGCAAAGACGACGAGUUUGAUGCUGCAGCUGCCAAAUUGCGUGGUGAAGAAGCAGCUGUGUUGCGUGACUUUGAGUUGAAAGGUCUCGAUGGCCAAAGUGAUGAUUUCAAUCACUUAUUGAGUAAGAAUAAUCUAGUCCGUAUGUUACUCAAUUUACUGGGACUGGAGAGACUUGAAGUUGAUGACUUCAUUUUAUGGAUUAUACCAAAGAAGCUAUCAACAUCCAACUUCAAUUUCAACAAGGCAUUGCUAGAAGAGUUUAUGGAAGAAGAUACGAAUAUGCCAGAUGGCAAGAAGGAUUUGGCCAAACUCAUCCAUAAGAAGACAGAACGUAAAUCUCGAUCUCGUCCCCAAGCUACAGCACGCUCAUCUGGUGGUUCGUCAUCGUCAUCCUCAAAUGGGGGCAGUAGUAGCAGUGAGGCUCAAGGCGCUGACGCUGAGGGACGCAAGAAACGUAAAAAGGAUAAGAAGAGUAAGAGACCUCAUAAGAGAAGGAAGACUCAUCCUCGCAAGAACGAUGAUGAAGAGCAAAGACGUGAAUUGUCCGCCAUGUUUAUCAUUGAUUCUGACGAUGAAGAUGAUGAAGCAUUCUUUGCUCGAGAAGCAGCCUUACGAGCCAAGAUCUUGAACCAAAGGACAGUAGAAUCUGAACAGCAACGAAUAGCUGAAGAAAAAGGACUGGCAGAACGUGCAGCUAAGUUGGCAGAACGUAAAGCCGCUAUACAAGCACGAGCCAAGACUAGUCUUGGUAGUGAUGAUCAUAAUAGUAAUCCUGGUGGUGGUAGUCAGAAUAACAAUGGUGAAGACGAUGAAGAUGCCACUCCUACAACAACACAAACGACAAAAAAGCCUACUCCCAAAUCUGGCAAGAAAAAGGGUAGUAGUAGUGCUAGUAAGAAGGGUAAAGGAAAGACGAUGAAUAAGACGAAGGCCACUAGUAACACUACAAAGAAAAAGACCAUAAAGAGGAACGGAGUUGUUGAUGAGUCUGAUGAUGAGAAUGGUGGUGAUAGGAGUAGUAGCAGCAGUAGUGAUGAUGAACAGCCAAAGACUACUAGAAAGCUACUCAAACCAGAACGACAUUGGUUGGAUGAUUCUGAUGGUGAACGUGAUGGGGGUAAGCCUGACGACGAUGGUGAACAUGAUGCGUCAUCUGCAGCACAGGCUAGUCAAGCUAUAAGUGAAGAAGAAGGUGAUGUUGGAUUUCAAAUGGAGGUUGACGAUGAAUCUCAACAAUUGGAGAUUGAAAUUGAUAUGUAA